UAACAAAGCACACUCGCCUUCAAACCUUACUGAAAACUUUCGUUCCGCGUGUGGCAACGGAUCGCUGAAGCUUAUAAGGACAAAAAGUUUUUCGCGACGCGAAACCUUCAUUAAAAUCGAAUAAAAUACGCAAUUAAUAUUUUGGGUUUCGAAUUAUAUUUUGUUAUUGAAAAUAUUUCGCUUUUAAUCAAUUGAAUACUGUGAAAAGUGCACCGAUGUGUAUUUUGCCGGUCACGUAUAUUUUAACAGUGGUAACGUUUUGAGUGUGCGUGCUAUUUGGUUCUGUUUCUUUUUGCUUGUAAGCGAGUGGUGGCAGCGGCGUCCGGUGGGACCGCGCUGGUGGUACGAAGGAAUCGAUACUGCGGUGGGAGCGGCAAAGAUACACCGACAUGUGGGUGAAGGCGAAAAAGGUGUGGACAAGUUAAGGGAUUCACAUGCCGACAAUAUUCUGCAGUCAGCAGAAAGAUGUCCUAAUAUGGGUUGGUUAUGCGUGGUGGCACGCGCCGGAGCCUUCUUCCUAAUGCUCACCAGAGUAUCCGCGCUUACGUCCGACAUUUUUGCAGCGGGAAAGUCGGACAAAGAGAUACUGGACAAUCUACUGAAGAAUUCCCGCUAUGAUAAAAGACUGCUACCGCCAGUAGACGGUGUCCUCACGGUAAAUGUUAGCGUGCUACUUCUUAGUUUAGCAUCACCAGAUGAAUCUAGUCUCAAAUACGAGGUUGAAUUCCUUCUGCAGCAGCAGUGGUAUGAUCCUCGACUUCGUUAUUCAAACCAGUCUCAUUACGACUAUCUAAACGCAAUACAUCAUCACGAAGACAUUUGGUUACCAGAUACAUAUUUCAUUAUGCAUGGCGACUUCAAAGAUCCAAUAAUACCGAUGCAUUUUGCGUUACGGAUUUACCGCAAUGGCACAAUCAACUAUUUAAUGCGGCGGCAUCUCAUUUUGUCCUGUCAAGGCAGUCUCAACAUUUUUCCAUUUGAUGACCCAUUAUGUUCUUUUGCACUAGAAAGUAUUUCUUAUGAGCAGUCAGCAAUAACCUACGUUUGGAAGAAUGACGAGGACACACUGCGGAAGUCGCCGUCGCUCACUACUCUGAACGCAUAUCUUAUACAGAACCAAACCAUUCCUUGUCCUAUAAAAGCUAGCUGGAGAGCUGAUGGUAUUUCACUUUACGAGGAUGACGAAGAGCUGACAUGUAAUCUUUGCCAGAGACGCUUUGAGGAGCAAGGUAACUACAGCUGCUUAAAGGUGGAUCUAAUUUUUACAAGAGACCGAGCAUUUUACUUUACCACAGUUUUUAUUCCUGGCAUUAUCCUGGUGACCUCCUCCUUCAUCACCUUUUGGCUGGAAUGGAACGCAGUACCAGCCCGUUCCAUGAUAGGUAAUUACAGCUGCCUCAGGGUGGACCUUAUCUUCACACGGGAUAGAUCAUUUUACUUCACAACAGUUUUCAUUCCUGGCAUCAUUUUGGUGACAUCAUCGUUUAUUACUUUUUGGCUGGAAUGGAAUGCAGUGCCUGCUAGAGUAAUGAUAGGUGUAACCACCAUGCUGAAUUUCUUCACAACAUCCAACGGCUUUCGCUCCACGCUGCCCGUGGUGUCGAAUUUGACGGCCAUGAACGUGUGGGAUGGCGUCUGCAUGUGCUUCAUCUACGCAUCUCUACUGGAGUUCGUGUGUGUCAAUUACGUUGGCAGAAAACGGCCUCUUCACAACGUUGUCUAUAGACCAGGCGAAAAUCCUGUAACACAGCGUCUACCCGCCGUUCUGAGCAGAAUUGGCAUUAUACUGGCCAGUCCUUUGGAGGCGAUGGCAUUCCUCCAUUGGGCCAAAUCUGAAACCCCCCAACCGGGAUCAAGCGGUGCUGGUGAUAAAAAGCGUGAAUCAACUGGUGCAGCUGAUUUAGUGACGUGUACGACAUGUACCGGAGCCCCCGGCUCAUGUACACACACAACCAAUAAUGGGGGCGUCACUGAGCAAUGUUUCGUCCAGGUCCGUAAAAAGGAGCCCCCUCACCCCAUACGAGUGGCGAAGACCAUCGACGUCAUAGCACGCAUCACCUUUCCGACUGCCUACGCCGUGUUUCUCAUAUUUUUCUUCAUCCAUUACAAAGCCUUUUCUUAAUGCUGCCUUAAUUGUCCCUUGCUACAAGAUGCUUUGUACAAAUAGACAUUAUAGGCGUCUUAAUAUUUUUCUAAAUCCCCAUUUAUCACCGCUAUUUGUACUUUUAAAGAAAUCACAAUUUUUAAUAAGAUAUUUUUGAUGAAGAUAAGCAAGCUGUUGUGAUUGAUUGAAUAUUAUAUCUACACUUACGUGUGUUUAAGUGACGAAACAAUUAUGUUAGGUGAAUUAAGUUACAAUCAGAAGAAUCAUUCGCUUACUGUUGAAAGAAUAUUUGUGAUAGAAAAUAAGAGGCAUAAUUGGAGUUUUAUACAGGUUUUGAAAUAGGUUCCAUUAGUUUAACAAAGGUCGAUUAUGAAUAAACUGUGUAUUUAAGGUAACGAUAGGAUAACGAGGGAUCAAUGUAAUAACAAUGUAAAAAAUGCUCUCGGGUGCGGGAUGUUCAAAUGGUGUUGUCGUCCUUGAGGUAAAGAAAUCUAUUUCAAAACUAAAUUCAGUCCAAGGAAGUAUUAAUAAUAAACAGAUUAAAUUGUUAGUAUAUAAGAGACUAUAAUAAUUUUAUAAUUGUAAAGUAAGAGAUCACCGUUAGUCGUAGAUAACAUGCAUGAUACACAUACAUUGUGAUAUUACGUAUUCAUAUUGACUAAAAUACGAUCGCUUUAUGAAAUCACGUUAGUACAAUUACAUUUAUUAUUUAAAUACACCCUGUCUAUAUUUUAAAGUCGAUUUGUAAUCCAUUAGUUUUAGAUAUGGAACGCUCAAAUUGUUAUUAUGUGUAAUGUUUAGGCUUUAAAUUAUUUUGCAUUCAAAUUCAAGUCUUAAUCUUAUGUAAAUGGAUAAACCAUGAACAUGCCUUCUAAUGUAAUUAGAAUCAUUUUAUUUGCUAACCCUUAACUCUUAUAUAUCUUAAAAUUGUUAGAAAUAAGCACAUAACUAGGUAAACAGGUUUGGUCGUAGUUGUGUCGACAAUGUUAUUAUUUUAAUUCAAUUAUGUUUAAUAUUUCUAACAAUACGUAUGUAUAUAUAUGUACAUUUGUUUUAUGUAAUAUGAUCUACUUAGAGGUUAUAAUAUGGUUUCAAAAACAUAUUUGCAAAUAAACGUAGGUAACUAAAAAAGUACAACAAUACCGUUAUAGCUUCUUCAAAGUUUAAAUGUAUGAAAUAUAUAUUUAUUAACCUCGUACCCGAAUAACGUCCAAUAUCAAAUAUCUAAAAAUUGUUUAUUUAUAAAAGCAGUCAAAGUUUUGUAGAUUUUUUACACAUAUUUAGCCAGCCAGACAGCCUGCGCACCUUAUAAAAAUACAAAUAACGUGUAUAAAGAUGUUUAUGCUAUGUAAUAUAUAGAUACGCCGCUUUUGUAUUAUUCUACUUUAUGUUCGUUAUUGUACUUAUAGUAAAUUUCUAUAAACUCGAAAUUAACAUAAAUUCCCAUUCUAGAUCACACUGCUAUUGAAAACGUAGCGUUCUAUUCAUAUAAAAAAAGCAAAUCCGAAUUCCGAGUAGAGUCACAUUAUGAGAUAUUUUAAAUCCGUCCAACAAGUUUUCAUUCGCUAAUUUAAAAUUACUGGUCAUUGACGGUAUAUCCUCAAAAAAUCAAAUAUAAUCAUGUUAUCUUAUCUGUUAAAAUAAUACUUGUGUCACUAAUCAAUGAAAAUGUGACAAAAAUAUAAGAACCCCUUAUUUUUAUUAACUCCGAAAAAUAAGACUUCAUUAAUUAUAAUAAUAUGUGUUUCAUUCCUAACUUAGUUUAAACUUGGGUGCUUCUUUACGGCCUUUAAAAUUAUACAAGAAUUAAGAAUGUCACAAAUUAUUGUGAACUUCAUUCUCACUGUAAAAAAGAAACAAUAAUAGUACAAACGUAUAUAAACAUUAAUCCUAGAAAAAAUAUGUUUGUUCGCGUUUCCAUAAAUGUAAAAUCCUAAACUUGCUUCCCGAUUUGCCCAAUAAUUUUCUCGUUCAUUCUAGAAGCACCAUACGAAAGCACGUAGGUACCUAUACUCGAUUUUGCUUAAAAUUUAUGCGGA